AUGCGUCGCUUUUUAAUAAUUUUCAUUUCAUUCAUCUAAUUUUUUACAGAACGAAUAAACUACGAAACGGCAUCCGGACGAAUCAAACGCUUUUCCGCCGACGGCUUAACGCCAAAAGGUUCUUUAUUUUUUUAAAUUGAAUUAUAAAUUCUUGUUUUCAGCGAAUUUCUCGCCCAAAAAUGAUGGAAACAGUUACGAACGUCCUAGUCCACGGCGACUAUUGCAAUCCGCCAAGAAGAAACGAAGGCGCCAGGUGAUUUUUUUUGAGAUAUUAACAUGGAUUAUUUAAAAAUUUAACGAAAAAAAUAUUCAUCAAAAUUCAAAAUAAUAAUUUUUUUCUGUAUCUUUUUCUUUUAAUUUGAUCAUGCGGGUGAUAUUCUGAAAAAAACGAAAUAGCUAAAUUUAUUGUUUUAUUCAAUCUUUUUUUCGGCAAAAAGCCUUAUCCAAAAAAAUUAAUCCGAAUUGAAAAUUUAUUCGAAAAUUGUAGAAACUUGAAUUGCUUUCUAUUGGAGAACUCAUAAUUGAAAUAGACUUUUUUUCUGAAAACUGCAAUUUCAUUAAUUUUUUUCAACUUUUUGAGUGCUAAUUUCACCCGUUCAAAAAAAUCUCUGCUUUUUUUAAAGGCGGCGGAUUUCAGCGUUAGUUCUAGGAAAUAAAAAAAAAAACAUAUAUAAGUUGAAGGUCAAAAUUUGGUAGAUCUUAAAGUUAUGAUUAAAAUUACAAACGUAUUGCGUAUUCAGGGACACUUUACUCACCAAAAAAAUUAAUUUUAUUUCGAAAAACGAAACUUGAAGAUGCUCAAAACGGGUUCUGGACGGGAUGUGCACGAAAAUGGCGACAACGUCGUCGAACAUGGCCGUCGCCCCUUCGACGUCUUCUUCGUUCAGCGACGGAAGCGACGUCGACGAGAACGACCACGUCCUCAGACGAUAUUUCGCCGCUUCCUGUGAUAAAGUUUGCUUUUCCAUCGAUAAUCUUUGAAUCUUUGCUUGUUCCUUUUCAAAAAGUCUUUUUUUUUCUUUUUUUUAAAAGAAGAAAAAAAAACGUUUCUCGCACUUGUGCAAAUAUGGGCCGCUUUCCGAAGCGACUUUUUUUUUUAUUGUUGUUGACGUUCCUAUCUUUCCUGCAUAAUUCUCUUCUCGUUUUUGAUAAGUCCUAAAGUGAUAAUUUAAUUUAUUGUGUUACUAGAUUGGAUUGAAAAAUCUCGCGCUGCCUUCUUACCUUGAAAAAAACUCGGUAGCAUUUUGAAAGAAAAAUUGGCUUUUUUCCUGGCUAAAAAAUAAGUAUUUUUUUAUCUUUUUGUCGCGUAGAGCAAAGUAGAGCAGUAACAGGGUUGGUCAAUUCAAAAUCCAGAACUUCUAUUUUUUUUUUUAGUUGUCCAGAAAAAAAAGACAUCAAAGCUUGGAAAAUGACAUUCGUGAUCGUAAAAACUCUGGAAUCAAAACAUCUUUCGUAUUGUUCCGUAAGCUGCUCGAACUUUAUUUAUUCGAAAAAUUGAAUAAUAUUAGCGAAAAAGUCUUCUUUAUCAUGUUUUUUUCCUUUAAUUGUAUAUAGAAGUGAACUAGGUGGGGCUCCACUGAUCUUCAAUGUCAAAUAUAAAUUUUUCCUAAAAGUCCUUUUUCCAGGAGGAAGUGCUACCGAAAGGCUUGGAGACGACGCAUCCGCUGACGCCGUCGUCCUCGCCGAACGCGACGACGACAUCGGCCGCCGGCGAUUUCGACGAUUCGGCGCUGAACAUGUCGACGUGCUCGUCGUCAUGUUCCACCAAAUCGCAUCAAUCUUCUUCGGCGUCCCCCUCGUCGUCGACGUCUUCUUUGUCGCAGCAACUUCAUCCGGCCGUGGCGAUCCUAGGACCCUUGUAUGCGUCCGACGACUUCGACGUCUUGGAACCCCUUGGCGAAGGAUUCUUCAACAAAGUCUUCAAGGUACAUAUUUUUCCAUUUUAAUCACCACCGUGGCAUUUUUUUUUGCUUUGGUAAAGAAAAAAAGUCGCUGUUUUCGCACCGAGCUAUUUUAUUGCCCAUUUCAUGCAAAGUUUGCGAGAAAACGAUGACUAAGAUGGGAUUAGAAAGUCGACCUUGCGUGGGUUUUUCCAUGCGCAUGACCUCUUGAGUUAAAACCAACAACUUCUCGAUGCUUUUUUUGGGGUUUCUGAACCACUAUUUUAAAUUUCCGAAAAAAAAAUAUUCAGAGAAAACUUUUUUCAAAAAUAUUUUGUCAGAAACUUUUUGAUUAGAUCUGAAGCUUUUGGAAAAGGUUUUUGUUGAAAAAAUCAGAAAUGAAAAGGACGAAAUUUAUCUUAAACGUCAGUUAAGCUGUACGAGUUUUGAAAAUUAAAAAAAGAUGACAAUAGUUUUUUUACUUCGCUUAAGCUAUUGAAAGUGGAUAUUCUUGAAGGAUAUGCUUGUAGGAUAGUCGAAUUUGUCUUUUUUUAAAACUUCAAUAUCUACGGAUGAGAAUGGUUUAUAUGAAAAACCACUGAACAACUGCAAAAUAAAAUUCCCAUUAAUUUUUUUUCCAAAAAUUGCGCACAAAAAUAACCCCCUACGGUUAAUUUUUGGAAGGAAUACUCUUCGAAGUAUCAUUUUGAAGGUCCGACACAAGACGACGGGCGAAGUUCUCGUCCUGAAAGAGAGCAAAUCGGCCGCCGUCGGAGGCUGUAGACGGGCGGCUCAUGCGGACGCCGCCAGAGAAGCCGCCAUCAUGCGACGUCUCCGAAACGACAACGUCAUCUCCCUCCGCGGCAUCUGCAUAUCGAUCGAUGAGCUCGGUGAGAAAUCGAAUUGAUUAUAACGAGGAAAAAUGGUGUUCCAGGUCAAUGGGAUGCCAAUUUGCUCGUUUCUUAUUGCGAUGGAGGAAGUUUGAGCCGGCUGAUUCUUGACCAUUCCAGGACUUUCUCGUGGCGUCAGAGGUUGGAAAUUACUGUUCAUAAGAGUGAAAUUCAUUCAGUUCUUUUUCUGCACAAAAAUUGAUUUUCUCCAAUUCCUAGAAGAAGCGUGAUAUUUCAAAAAUCAUGGUUCAAAUUAAAGUGGACUUUCAAAGUCAAAAAAGUUGUUUUGGUAAUUUAUAAAACUUAAAGAAAGCUUGAGGACCUUCUCAUAGCACUUUAAAAAAAUCAGAACCAACUUCUGAAUUUUAUUGAUCGAUUCAGGAUACGAUAUGCCCAUGAUAUCGCUAGCGCAAUGGCCUACACUCACCAGCAAAAAAUUAUCCAUCGGGAUUUGACGUCAAUGGUUCGUUUUUAGUUUUUUAUAAGAAAAAAAUUGCGAAAUUAUUGUUUACCCAAAACUAAUUAACUAAUGAGCUCUAGAAGUGCUCUGAGCUUGUUGCAGUCGUUUUUGGAACUAUAAUUUUCAAAAUUUUCCUUAAAUGUUCGCUUUGAUUUGAUUGGUUUGUAACAUAAUCAUUUUUUAAUGACAUCACAACUGAUCUCAACUUCUUGAAAUAGUUUCAACUCUUUGAAUUUCAGAAUGUUCUGAUCGAACACUCGAAAGACGGUCUCGACGGCCAAUGGGGCCGUGCCAUUGUCGCGGACUUUGGCCUUUCCUGCCCCUUUCCGAAACGCGGAGAGAAGCUGGCUCAAGUCGGUACAACCUACUUCAUGAGUCCCGAAUGCCUCAAAGAGGAGUUCUAUGAUGAGAAGGUGCUAUAAAAAUAUUUCUUGCCAAAGAAGCUCUCCAUUUCAGUCGGACGUUUUCUCGUUUGGAAUCAUUUUGUGCCAAAUGAUCGCCCGAAUCGACGCGGAUCCAGAUGGCGGAUUGCAGAGGACCAGUAAUUUUGGUACGUUUUUUUAAGAAAUCAUUAAAUCGACCAGCAGCUUUCAGGAACGGUUUUAAAAAAAAAAUGAUUUCGAGAGUCUUAACCUUCACCACUGUAUAGCUUUACGUAAAAGUUCGAAUUCUUCGCUGAUAAUGCCAAAAUAUUUUUUUGAAUUUAUAUGUUUUUUUAGUUAGUGGCCCUUAUAGGGAUGAGUCGAUCACUUUCAAUAAAUCUAAGCGAAUAAAAAAACUAAAAAAUUACCCUUUUUGAAAUAAAAUUGAACGACCUCUACAUGGAACACUUUAAGCUUUAGGAGCCAGACCAUAAACUUCUAUAGGGAUCACCUUGUUUUUACCCCUAACCCCUAUAGGGACCACUCUGAAAUUCCUAAGAAAAGUCGCCGUAAACAGUCAGAAAUUGCGAAAUAUCGUUGUAGGACCCAUUUUUAACGGCUCUUGGAGUCGUAAAAUGCGUGUUUCGCGAGAUCAUUUCAAACGAAAAACACGUCAGUUUCAAAAUUGCUGAAAUCAUUUUGAACACGGCAUCAGAAAGCUAGACUUUAAGAAUAUCUUGAAAAAAUCUCAUGUAUUGAUGAGUUUUUCAUCAUUUUCAAACAUAAAUGGAAAAAAAAGACUUUUCUUGCAAGGGAUUUUUGAAAACCAAUUUCAGGCCUUGACUACAUGCUCUUCACGCCGAUGUGUCCCGUCGACACGCCCAUCGAACUUCUGAAGCUGGCCUUCCGUUCGUGUGUGAUGGACCCCGCUGCUCGGCUCUCCUUCACCGAAAUCCAGGCUUAUCUCUCCAAGAUUCUCGCCUCCCUGCCUCCCACUGUUAGCUCUCCGGAUCUUCAAGGUUCAUUCUUUUAUUUUCAAAAAAAAAACCCAGGUUAAAUUUUCCAGGGAAAGAAUCUCGACUUGGAAGAUCAAGGUCCGACGCUGCCUUGAAAAGGCCCAAGGGCAUGACGCGGAAAUUGUCCUCCAACCCUUUCGUGGUCCCUCCAUCCGUUAGGACCGUCAUUGAAGGUUCGCCAACGAAAACUUCAAGAUUUAGCUCGUUUUUCAGGAGAAGAAGACGAUAAAUCGUCCGUGAUGCUGAUGGAGGAGUUGGCAAGGGAUGCGGCGCGGGACGAUCCAAAAUUCGUUCACACGAAUCCGUUUCAAGUUCACGAACGAUAUCGGUAUGUUUUUGGAAGGAAUAGGCAGGAAAACUUUCGCACUGUUUCAACCAAAAAAGAUAUACAACUUAGAAGUCCAGAGUGGUCCCUAUAGGGGCAACCUUGGGAACUCUUACCAACCUUGGUUAGAUGGCACCACUUUACCAACCCCUAUAGGGGCCACUUAAGCCUUUGGGACACGCUUUUAUGACCUCUAAGCGAAGAAGUAUUUCUAUGGGAAAAACUGAAUGAAUGAGCGUUUUUUUUGAAUAAAAUUGAAGGAACCCUAAAGGGUCCACUUAAGCUUUAAGGGCUAAAGGGUCAGAUUCUAAAAACCUAUAGAGACGACCUUGAUUUAACCCCUAUAGAGCUUUUUUCCCCCCUUAACCCCUAUAGGGACCAAUAUGCAGUAGUUUUGAUUGCAUUACCGUCAUUUUGAGCCUCAACUCUUUUUUUCCAGAAAGGAGCGAAAAAUUUUCCCACGAAAGAACUCUCACUCGUCGCGUCGUCGCAGUGAAACCAAGCCAGAGUCGUCGGUGACGCGAGUUCUGACGCCAAGGAAACAACGGCGCCGCUGCAUGUCCCUGCCGCUUCUGGCGGAAAGCCCUUCGACGGCUCUGUCCAGCCUCGGUCCUCGUUGUUUCGACUCUUUGGACGGUCGUCGGAGGCUCUCGCGACGUGACACGGUCAUCAUCGUCGAUCCCCAAGAAGAUGACGAGGACGAGGAGGACGAAGAGUUGGCCGCGAACGGCUCCCCCGCUGGCGGCAUUCCGAUGGCUUUUCGAGACUUUGAUCGCGUGCGUUUCUCAGCUGGGAUGUUAUUAUUAUGAAGUCUAACCCAAAAUCAAUAAAUAGACUAUAAUCUCGUUUUUUUUUUUUCAAACUGUGCGUCUUUCAAAGCAUUUUUUCAAGUUUUUCAAAGACGCAAAGAUUUUUUUGAGCGUGAAAAAAACUGCUUAUGAUAGUCGGCUUUUAAAAAAACUCAGAAAUUUCAUUAUUUGUUUGUCCUGAAACUGUUUAUAGAACUCUAAAGAAGCUGAUUUAAGCAAUCCUAUUGAUUAGAAGACGUAUUUGAUCUAGUGAGGACUUGAAAAAAGAGAUUUUAUUGUGAUUAUACUUCGUUUAGACAUCGAGAGGAUAAUAUAAAAAAUUUCAGUUUGAUAAGAAUUUUCCUAAUUGUUACAAAAAAAAAUUCUCUUGAGUUCAUUUAACGAAUUGAAAAAUUCAAAAGCAAAAUGUUUUUUCAAUGAAAGAAAGCUCAAUUCCAGAAGUUCCUGAAGCAAAUGAAGCGUUUCCCGUCGCGCCGUCACACUUUGAUCCCCGAAUGCGCCAACAACAACAGUAUCCACAGCAACAAGAACAGCAGCACGACUCCGCUGAGCCGUCGUCACAAGAGCGACGACGCGACUUACAAUCUGACGCCGUACGAGCGAAAACAGUCGCCGUCGUCGCAGUCUCGCGCUUCUUUGGCGACUCUGACGCCAGCCAUUCUCGCCACACCACCAUCUGCAAAGGAGAAUCUCUUCACAGCCGCUGAUAUUAGAAAUAAUGGUGAGGAGGGCAAGAAAAACUCGAAAACACUGUUUUAAAGUGGGUAGAAGGGAUCUCAAAAAGUUCUGAAGCUUGAGAAAGGGAAAAAUGUUUUGUUGUUAAAACGUAUUUCAAUAAAACCAUUUUUUGGUGAUUCCUGUUUCUUUUGAUAGCACUCCGAAAACUUUAUUGGGCAUUUGAACGGAAUUUACAAAAUGAAAACGUUUUUGCUGUAGCCAACUUGAAAGACCGAGAUUCAAGCUUAUCAGAAAACGAAUAGAAUGAAAUUCAAAUUUCAAAACGCAUCCAAUCUACUCCCGUAUUGUAGCCUUUUUUGAAAAAUUAUCAAAAAAAUUCACGAAACUUUCUUUCAAGACUUGCAAAAUAAAGACUGCCAAAGGGUUGAAGUAGGAAAAAUAGAACUUUGUCCAAAACUCAUAUUUUUCGAGUCACUUCGAAAAGAACUCUUUCCAGAAGUGAGAACCAGCGCGAAAAGAGAUCUUUCGAGCGAGGGCUACACCACGGCGCCUGAAGCCGUCCUUGAGAAGAACUACAGCUGCGAAGAACGAGCCGUCGACACGGUCGUCAGCCAGACGCCUACUUCUUCCACGCGACGUCGUCUGACAAGGGUCUGCUCGGCAACUCAUCGAAAUUCGUCUGAUUGCUGCAUUCUCUAG